AUGCCUUGCGUGCAACUCAACUCCGAAUCUACUUUCCCAGCCCUUCGUGGCAUUUUUGUCAAGACCGACCUGCGCACGAAAUGCCUUCUUUGCGCAGCUAUCCUUGUGGUCUUACCAUUGGAAAUCCAUCAUCUCCUUGCCGCUUUUGCUGGCGCUGCCGGCUACAUGUUACUACAGAUGCUCGAGCCGGCUGUCCAGCGACAGCCGGUGAAGCCCCGUGCUGUGAAGAAGGAGCGCGCCGUGGCCACUCCGCCCCCCACGCCCCUUCCCGAGCGCCGGCUUCCGCGACGAGGCUUCACAGCUGCUGAGGACGAGAAGUGGAGCCAACUUCGUUCCAAGGCAACGCCAACCGUGCAGCCGCCGGCCGUGAAGCCGGAAGUCCGCCGUCCCAGCGUGAUGCCGGUCCAGGCCCCGCGAUUCGCUGCCAGCGGAUUUGAGGCCGAGGUCGUUGAACUCCUGACUACGCUGCAGCCGAACGAUGCGAGCCGUGCACAAGUCCAGGCCAUCGCGAGGGCAGUCCGUCGUGCUCUGGGCUCCGCACUGCCCGGCGCCACCGUGGAGGCUUUCGCCACGGCGAACCCCGUCUCCGGAACUGCUUUUGGCGUGGCUGUCCCUGAGGUGGAGGUCGUGGUGACACUGGACGCGAAGGCGACUUCCGGCGAAGGUGGGAAGCUACAGAAGUCGAUGAUCCGCACCUGUACCGACCGCCUGGUCUCCCAGGGAUCCUUCAAGUUCAGGCGCUCGGCUUUCCGAGGCUCGGAGCCCAAAGUGACGCUCAUCGCCCCAGCGGAGGAGGGCAGCAUUCCCUUCAACUUGGCCGUGAACGCCACGACGCCCGGUCGCGCCGCGCUGCUCUUCGAGGCCAGCUCAAGAUUGCACCCCAAAGCCGGCGAGCUGAUUCUUCUGGUGCGCCGCUGGGCCAAGGAUCGCGGCAUCAGCCACGCUGCUAAAGGCCACCUGUCGCCUUAUUGCUGGAUGAUCCUGGCCACCUACUACCUGCAAGUGGGCCUCGACGAGGAGUGCGGAGAGCUGCUGCCACCCCUGAGCGGCCUCUGUGCCGGGAAGAUGCCGGCCCCUCUCGAGAACCCCGAGAAGACAACGGUGACUGCAGCGCAACUCCUCAAAGGCUUCAUGAACUUCUACGCCGGCUUUGCCUGGGGUAAGGAGGUGAUCUCUGUCUGCAAAGGAAAACGCACCUGGCCAUCUGCCUCCCGCCCUGCCCACGUGCUUCUGCACGAGGAUGGCAAGACCAAGCAGCCCGGACCCAACAUCGAGGAUCCCUUCGAGACGACGUCGAACUUGGGCACCUGCAUGCACUGGCUCAGCAUGAGCCGCCUCUCUGAGGAGCUGAACCGCUCCAAGAAGCUCUGCAGUGGAAGCGUCUCGCUGGCCGAGUUGCUUGAGCCCUGGACGCCACCCGAACAGCAGGAGGAGUGA